AAGUGGCCCCGGUGGCUUCCGGGGCGGGCGGCGCGGCCCAUUUGAAGCUGUGGCGGCUGCGCGGGGCGGGGGGCGGCGGCGGGGAGCCAUGGACGACGCGGUGGGCGACCUGAAGCAGGCGCUGCCCUGCGUGGGCGACGGCCCUGCCGUGCACGUGGAGGUGCUGCAGCGGGCCGCCAGCACCGCCAAGAGGGACGACGUGAAGUUGGCCGUGCGCAAGCUAUUGGACAGGCACAGCAUCGUGUUUGGCGACUAUACAUGGACCGAGUUCGACGACCCUUUCCUGGCCAGGCACGUGCGCUCAGUGGCCAUCGUGGACACCGAGCUGAAGGCCAAGGCCCCACAGCCCAUCGACCUGAGCGCCGGUGCCGUGCUGCACGUCUUCCAGCUGAACGAGGAUGGGCCCAGCAGUGAGAACCUGGAGGAGGAGACGGAGAGCAUCGUGGCCGCCAGUCACUGGGUGCUGCCCGCAGCCGAGUUUCACGGGCUCUGGGACAGCCUCGUGUACGACGUGGAUGUCAAAGCACACUUGCUGGACUACGUGAUGACAGCCUUGCUGUUCUCCGACAAGAGUGUGGACAGCAACCUCAUCACCUGGAACCGAGUGGUGCUGCUUCACGGACCCCCAGGAACUGGGAAGACAUCCCUAUGCAAAGCAUUGGCCCAGAAGUUGACCAUCCGGCUCUCAGGCAGGUAUCGUUAUGGGCAGCUGGUUGAGAUUAACAGCCACAGUCUGUUCUCCAAGUGGUUCUCAGAGAGUGGCAAGCUGGUGACCAAGAUGUUCCAGAAGAUUCAGGACCUGAUUGAUGACAAAGACGCUCUGGUGUUUGUGCUAAUCGAUGAGGUGGAGAGCCUCACAGCUGCCCGCAACGCAUGCAGGGCGGGCACUGAGCCCUCAGAUGCCAUCCGCGUGGUCAAUGCUGUCCUCACCCAGAUCGACCAGAUUAAACGGCACUCCAACGUGGUGAUCCUGACCACAUCCAACAUCACUGAGAGGAUCGACCUGGCCUUCGUGGACCGGGCUGACAUCCGACAGUACAUCGGGCCGCCCUCCGCCGCCGCCAUCUUCAGGAUCCUCCUGUCCUGCUUGGAUGAGCUGAUGAAGUGUCAGAUCAUCUACCCGCGGCAGCAGCUGCUGACACUCCGUGAGCUGGAGAUGAUAGGCUUCGUGGAGAACAAUGUGUCAAGGCUCAGCCUGCUGUUGAGGCAGAUCUCACGGAAGAGCGAGGGCCUCAGCGGCCGCGUCCUCAGAAAACUACCCUUCCUGGCUCACGCACUAUACGUGCAGGCCCCCACGGUCCCCCUGGAGGGCUUCCUGCAGGCCUUGUCGCUCGCCGUGGACAAGCAGUUUGAGGAGCGGGAGGAGCUCUCAUGCUUCAAGCGCUUGUCUGCCUAAGUGGUCAGGCUCCCCGCAGGCAGGGACACCCUCCCAGUACCUGCCAUCUGUGCUUGCCAACCUGGCCAUGCCCAGCUGUCUCCACAUGGACAGACUCCCCAUGGGCAGGCAGGACACCUGCCAGUACGUGUCCCUGGUCAUGUGGGUCUGGGCCCAUGUGGUUGUCUCCAUGGGCUCACACAGGGACAGGCCAGCCUGUCACUACGUGAAAUGGUGCUCCAUUCCAUCUUGGCUGCCCACACCUGCUUGGGUGUCAGAGAGGAAGGUGGUCAUCUCUUCUGCGGGGGUGGAGGGCACAGGAGACCAGUGUCCCCGUGGGCGACCCCACCCAGGUGUCAGUAGGGCAGGUGCCUAGGGUACAAGGCAUGCCCCUGGGCUUCAAGUCCCGUGUCUGAGCCCCAGUCCCGGGCCUGUGGCUGGUCCUGGACUAGGUGUCGCCGCAGCACGACAGUCGGGCGGUGGUCUCCGGCUGCCUCUUAUGGCGUUUGGCUUUGUGCUGAAGUAAACUUGGUUUUAUGUUUUCUAAA